GUUCAAUUUAUAUGCCUCGAGAAGCACAAAAAAAUAACUAACUGAUGAGUCCAUCCCCUUCUGCCUAGUGGAAUACUGGCUUCGCAAUUUCCGUCGAAGCCAUUACUGCCAUAAUAAUAUCUUCACUUCCAUUAUUCUCUCUGUUCGUUAUUAUCUUCUUCUUCUCUCCCGUCGAUGGCAUCUAUAUCACCCUCUGGAAGCUGUCUCCACCGCACACCCGCCGCAUUCCACCGUCAGCUGCCUUGCUUGCUCUUAUCUCUACCCGGCCACAUACUUGCUGCUUCCACUAAAUUUUACCUUCCUCUACGUCUUUCGGACUCUCGAGAUACCUUUCGCCUUGCUUCAGCCAACACUUUGACGGCCAAUUCUGUACCGCCCAGAAAUGGUGUGUAUACGGUUGGUGAUUUCAUGACCAGGAAAGAGGAGUUACAUGUGGUAAAGCCCACAACAUCCGUAGAUGAAGCAUUGGAAGCUCUAGUGGAACACAGGAUCACUGGUUUCCCUGUGAUUGAUGAUAACUGGAAACUAGUAAGUUCUGAUUUGCAAUCUCUUCCGAGCAUGUGUGAAACUACAUACCUAAAGGUUGGUCUUGUUUCUGACUAUGAUCUAUUAGCGCUCGACUCUGUAUCAGGUACAGGAACAGCUGAUGCAGGCAUAUUUCCUGAAGUAGACAGCAACUGGAAAACAUUCAAUGAGGUUCAAAAGUUGCUUGGCAAGACCAAAGGGAAAGUGGUUGGUGAUCUGAUGACACCUGCUCCUUUAGUAGUUCGUGAAUCUACCAAUCUUGAAGAUGCAGCAAGACUUCUACUCAAAACAAAAUAUCGUCGGCUUCCUGUGGUAGAUGGUAAGGGUAAGCUGGUGGGAAUAAUAACAAGAGGAAACGUUGUAAGGGCCGCCCUUCAAAUAAAGCGGGCUACAGAAAUGGAAGAUUGACAUGUACCAACAUAAGUUAACCGUUAAAAACAAGUAACACAGUUUGUCCCUUCUUCCACAGGAUCUGGUGGUCAAGGCAGUCAGCUUAAUUUUAUAAACUGCAGUUCUCAGACAUACUGUGUCAGACUAGGAUAUAUUCAUGUAAAUUAGCAAUCUUGUAGGAGAAUAGUGAAACUUGGCCUUUUAAGACAUUGCAGAGUUCAUUCUAAUAGAUAAUACUGUUCAAAAGCAAAGUUUUCGAGUCAACUUUUCAGAGGUUUGAAACAUAGAAGAAAAAACAGAUACUUAGUGCAAGUGGGAAACAUUUUAUGUGCCCCUUUAAAAACAUUAAAUAGUAGGCACCUAUCUUGACUGAAACUUUGCUCUUUGAUUGAAGGGUCUUUUGGGUGGAUUUUGUUAUGAAUUGUGUUUGUCUUUUUCAUUUA